GGACGAUUCAUGGCGGCGAGCAGAACACAGAUUCGUGGCGACGACGAGCAGAGGACGACGAAUCCCUAUUCAACUUCGAAGUUGUCACUUUUAUCUAUUGGAGGCAAAGUGAAAGAUACAGAUGUAACUCUUUUGAUUAGUGCCGGUCUUCUUACUCGCCAACUAAUUGAUCCAAACAUGUACUGGUUUGUGAUUCCAAAUAUUGGAUCUAUACUGAAAGGCUUGUCACAGGGAAGAAAGGAGCUCCUCUCAUUUCUAAGUAGAAGAAAAUACAGGGAGAUGCAUCUGGCUGCCCUAGAGAAGAAACGGUUGAGACUAUCACCACUAGACAUGCGGUUUCACCUGAGAGACCUAAUUGGAUCUGGGCACUUGAAAACUGUACAAACACCGACAGGAAUACUUGUGCGGAUAUCGAAGGAUUGAGCAGUAGGUACUCCCUAACUUUUUAUGGAACUUCACAGUCAGUAAUCAUGCAAUCUACGCGACGUAUGUGCUUAAUUGCAAUGCCAUCCAGGCUUACAUCUUUAUAUGAGUCUGGGGUGCUUGAAUCCUGUUUUCUUAAUGGCGCAUAAACCAAGUUCCAGAGAGUGAUGUGUUAACUCUUCAGAGAAGGAAUUCAGAUUUUUGGGAGUUAGUGGGUGAGCGCAGAUCAGUUAAUCUUGCAUAUUCAGAUGAGUUGUAGUACUGUAGUUCAUUUUUUAUUGAUGUUAUCGCACUAAAGUUAGUGAUGUAUUCUUUUAUUGUGUCAUGCAUGUGGUUCUGUGUGAUUGUGUGGGGCUGAAUAGCGUUUUAACUCUAGUCCCAAUCACUUGUUUGGAUAGGAUCAUGAAGCUUCUUUAUAAUCUACCAAUGAAUCUCCCUUUAUUAUUUUGUCGCAAUGGGGAGGAAAGCGAUACCUAA